AAAACCUCUGCACCAGUUGAGAGAUUCAGUGUUGCUCAGCAACCUACAUCUAAAGUAUAGAUCAGUUUCUGUUUCCAAACAAUCGAGCAUUCUGCAAGAGGAAGUCGUCUUUUUCCAAUGCAAAUAUCAUACAGAUGAAAAACCGGUUUCACAAUCCUUUGUGUACUGUACUCUUUCAGCAGUGUAACCACAGUUUGGUAAUGCACUUUGUCCAUCCACCUCCUUUCUGGAUCCACUUUUUGCUGCACCUGCUCUGAGGACUUUACUCAGUAAGUUAGCUGUCUUCCUCUUCUACGGCUCCUCAUUCUGUGUGGAGCUGUGAAAAAUGAGAUCUUUAGCUUUAACUGAAGAUUAAACCACAGUCACAUUGCUGGGUUGCACAGAAGUCAGCUGUCUUCCUCUUCUACGGUUCCUCAUUCUGCUCACACUUGAAUGUACAAUAUUUGAUGUACAUUGGAGUUGUUAUUGAGUAUGUUGGAUUUUUGACAAAUUUACUUUUCACAAUGCUGUGUGUGUAUAGGAGUGUGAGAUGGAGUGAGGUGUGUGUGUGUGUCUCUGUCUUUAAGAAAGACAAAGUUUACAUAAGAUUUUGCAUCUGGUUGUUGAGAGGGACCUGACACUGAGAUCAACAGCUCUGUUCUGGGAUCUUUCUUAUCGCCUACCAAGAAAUGCAUUUUUUAAAUUGGUUGCUUGGUUUAUUGGUAAAAUGCCUGCUGUGCAUUCAACUCCUUUUUGGAUCUACCUCUUGCUGCACUUGCUACAAGGACUUAACUCCGAGGGAAACACCUUGGAUUUCUAACCACUUGUUGUUCAGAGGAGAUUAUCUACAAUUCUAUAAAAUGGUAAGUACAAAGUAACUACCAAAUCUUAUUUUGUGUAUGUAGUUAUUUCCCGCCACUUCACUACACAGUGGUGGGAAAUGGAUAGUAAUGUAGUAAUAAUGGAUACCAAUAAUAAUUGGAUUUGUAGUAAUAAUGAGUGGUCAAAUUGUUUGAAAAAUUACUGAAAAAAUAAAAUGCUCCUCAAAACAAAACCUAAACCUUAACUAAACCUAUAAAUCUGUACCAAACAGAGUCUAUAAGAGGAAAAUUGUCUCCACACUAUUGUUUAGCUGAAUUUAGAUUAGACAGGAGAAAGUGAAAGAAUAAUACCAGAGAGUAAAUAAAUUCAUACGGCUGAAAAAAAUCAUAUACCUUGGUUUAUAUAAUGCUUAUUGUCACUUACGUCUAAUUUUUGUUGUCACUUAUUACGUAACUCGUAAUAAGCUUCCUUGCGGGGCAUCCUGGUUACGAUACCGGAAAAAAAAAACGUGUGUAUAGUACGCAUGUGCACAGCCCUCGAAAUCUCGGACAGAGAUCGCGAUAAACCACUAGUUCACAAGCCGCCAUGUUGCACGCCUGUUGCAGGUAGGCCAGAAAUCUCCAGACCGAUAGUAAAACCGAUAGUGUACUCUGUAAAUUCACCAGUGAAACAGGAUGUUAUCGAUGAAAAUUCUUUGUCAGCCGGGCAUUAAAUUAAUGCUAGAUAUAUAGGUCGUGAAAAAUAAUUGUUGUGUUAUGUAGCUGUAUGAGUCAUGCAGCCGUAUGAAGCUAAUGCUAUAGCUAGCUUAAGCACGUUAACUAAUUAUGUUUUGGCCUUAUUUACAGAAUCAGCAUUUUUAGUAAAGCUAAAGCUAUUGACAUGUUUCUGUGAAUUUGUAAUGUUCUUGUUUAAUGUUGAGCAGGCUGAUUUAAAUAUUCAAUAAAUAAAUAAAUAUGAUCUUUACAACUUUUAGGUGAUUUUAAAGGUUAAUGUUUAUUGAUGUUAGUGUGCAGUUAGUGGCUAUUAACAAAUAUCUGCAAUAUGUUUGUCUGUGUGUGAGGUGUGAGUGUUUGUGGUGUGUGAAGGAGUGUCCGAAGCUAUCUUUCAUAGAGAAGGCAAAGACUGAACUGGCCCAGCUGAAGAAGACUGGAUUUGGUCGCCCUCGACCAAGACAUGGUCUGAAGCUUCUGCACUGGAUUGCGGUUCAUCUUAGGUACAGUGAAAUGAAAAUGUACUGGAGUUCUCAGUCUAAAGAUUAUGGUUUCCACCAAUUUCACAACAUACCGCAGACAGAUGGGUAUAUACUCCUGCCUAUAAUAAAUAAACUAACCUACCACACUGUAGGUAAUCUGAACAUAAAUUCAGAAAAACCACUACCUGGUUACAUCUCAAAUGAAUUUACUGGGCAUCACGAUCAAAGCAACAUUGAUCGUGUCAUAAUUGGAGUUGAUGAACAUUCGUAUGCUCGUGCAGUGUAUAUAAGUAAACAUUACAACCGGCAUGCUACUACACAGAUCAGCUGGGAAUUGCUUAUGUAUAUAAGUCUUAUGAGUUUAGAGAAAUUUCUCUCAGAAACUGGCUAUUAUGAGAGCUAAAUUAGACAUGCGUGCUAGUCUUGAAAAGUGCACUGUCAUGUCUAUACCAUAAUCUACCGAUAACUCCACAUUCCACUGAACUGAGCUCAGUAUUUACACUGGGCAGAAUACACCCAGAACUCACUGUGGCAUUCAGCCACAUGGCUAACUCUGUUCCUCUGUGUAAUCGGGUACCAGCUUCCCCUGCGUCCAUGGAACUCUAACCCCACAGACUCAUCUGCCAAUGCUGAAUGGUUUCACAGAAACAAAUGGCACAAGAGGAGAAAAAACUCACAGACCAACACAGACAAGAGACUCCCAGAAAUGAACCAGAG